UCUCUGGCACAUUUCUUCCUUUAGAGCUACUGGGUCCAUGACAGCAGGCUAUCAGCAAUAGAGAAAGGGAAAUCCAAAGGAGUGGAGUCACUUUGAAAAUAGAGCAUGAAGUUAAUGAAUAGAGCACUUACAGGGAAAGUAGCAGUGCACACUGUAUCAGACUGUAUCAGCAUGCAUCUGUAGAGUGCGACUGUCCUCCCAGACGAGCAUUUGCAUAAGCAACGGAACUGCACCCUGAACUGACAGAAUAAGAAGGCCGUAAUCUUUCUGUCCAUAAUCUGCAGAGCAAGAAUAUACUCAGAAAAAGAACAAUAGGAAGCAGCAAUGAAAUAUAGGAUGGAUCUAAUCUAGUGAAUUAUCUUUUCACAUCAUUGCACAAUCCACGUCAAGUAGUACCUGCUGGCUUGACAACCUUCUCCGUUCACAAAUUCAGGUAUAUAUUUGCUGGCCUGGAGUGAUGCAACGUAAUAUUUAUACACUGUGAGGUAUUAACAUGACAACCAGCAGCCGCACAUGUCCAGUGCCAGCAGUGAAUGGACAUAUGACUCACUAUCCAGCAGCGCCAUAUCCAUUACUUUUUCCUCCAGUCAUCAGUGGGCUGUCACUGCCUUCUCUUCAUGGACUCCAGAGUCACCCACCAAACAGUGGAUGCAGCACCCCUUCACCUGCAACAGUUGAAACUCAGAGCACCAGUUCUGAGGAACUUGUUCCAAGCCCUCCUUCACCACUUCCACCCCCUCGUGUUUACAAGCCCUGUUUUGUCUGUCAAGACAAGUCAUCUGGAUAUCACUAUGGUGUCAGUGCUUGUGAGGGAUGUAAGGGCUUCUUCCGCAGGAGUAUCCAGAAGAACAUGGUUUACACAUGUCAUAGAGAUAAAAACUGUGUUAUCAAUAAAGUUACUAGAAAUCGCUGCCAGUACUGCAGACUACAGAAGUGCUUUGAAGUGGGAAUGUCCAAAGAAUCUGUCAGAAAUGAUAGGAACAAAAAGAAGAAGGAACCUUCAAAGCAGGAGUCCACAGAAAAUUAUGAAAUGACAGCAGAGUUGGAUGAUCUCACUGAGAAGAUCCGGAAAGCUCACCAGGAAACCUUCCCUUCGCUCUGCCAGCUGGGAAAAUACACUACAAACUCCAGUGCAGACCAUCGGGUUCGACUGGAUCUUGGGCUUUGGGAUAAAUUCAGUGAACUUGCAACAAAGUGCAUUAUUAAAAUAGUGGAAUUUGCAAAACGAUUGCCAGGCUUUACAAGUUUGACCAUUGCAGACCAGAUAACUCUACUUAAAGCAGCCUGCCUGGAUAUACUGAUCCUCAGAAUUUGCACAAGAUACACACCAGAACAAGAUACUAUGACGUUUUCAGAUGGCCUUACCCUAAACCGAACUCAGAUGCACAAUGCUGGAUUUGGUCCGCUAACUGACCUUGUGUUCACGUUUGCCAAUCAGCUCCUGCCUUUGGAAAUGGAUGAUACAGAAACAGGUCUCCUUAGUGCCAUCUGCUUAAUCUGUGGAGAUCGCCAGGACCUUGAAGAACCAAUGAAAGUGGAUAAGCUUCAGGAACCAUUGCUGGAAGCACUGAAAAUUUAUAUUCGAAAGAGACGACCCAACAAACCUCAUAUGUUUCCAAAGAUCUUAAUGAAAAUCACAGAUCUUCGUAGUAUCAGUGCAAAAGGUGCAGAACGUGUCAUUACAUUGAAAAUGGAAAUUCCUGGAUCCAUGCCACCUCUUAUUCAGGAAAUGUUGGAGAAUUCUGAAGGACAUGAACCACUGACACCAACCUCAAAUGGAAAUACCGCAGAACACAGUCCUAGUAUCUCACCUAGUUCAGUGGAUAACAGCAGUGUCAGUCAAUCCCCAAUGGUGCAAUAAGACAUUUUCCAGCUACUUCAGACAUUCCUAAUACCUUAUGUACAGGGAUGAAACGCAAGAAAAACAUUUUUACUGCUGCUUAGUUUCUGGACUUAAUAUAAAUCUAUAUAUGUAUGUAUAUAUGUAUAUAUAUAUAUAUAUAUAUAUAUAUAUAGAUAUAUAGAUAAAAACUCAACAAGGACCAAGAAAUUUUCAUAUGUAUCGAUAUAUACUCCUUGCUGUUUAAACUCUUAAGACUAGAAAAAUGCAAACUUUUGAAACUCUAAAUCAGCCAUUUCAUGCAAAAAAUAGUUAAGCUUCUGUUUUCUUCUCUGAACACUCAAGAUUGCAUGGUGACAAGACAGAUCUCAGACUUUAAAUUCUGGUUGCAUUUCUGAUGACUUUGUACAUACAAAUGUAUGGCUCUACUUUCUAUACUGGAUGUUUGGUGCUUUCCUUUUGUCUCUCAUACCUAAAACGAUCAAGAAACCAAGCGUAUGAAAUGGACUACUGUACGCAUCCAGAAAAGAAAGUUUAAAGGAUCGUCUGAUUUAGUUAAUACGAAAACUUGUCUUUGAUGCCCUCAGUUUGCAGCUCCUUCCUUGUAAAAAGUAUACAAAAAAGUCACUGCACUAGCAGAAAAGACAUCAGUAUCAAUGUUAACUGCCAGAUCAGUUACGCAGAUGUCAUUUGUUCCCCUGUUAAUGUCACUUUAAAAUUUGAGAAGUGGUUUAUUACCUGGCUGGUGACCUAGCUACAGAAUUAUCUAUUCCAUUUCUACAGUAACGAUAGCCUCCAAGGCAGAAACACUUUUCAGUGUUAUCAUGUUUUUUGUUUACUUGGUCACAAGCCAUUAGGGACACUUCAUGGGAUGAUAACCAGCAGACUCAUUCACAGGUUUUCCAUUGGUGAGUCUAGGGUAUUUCCUUAAGAUUCUACUGCCAGGAAUUAGUUGGGUUAUCCAGCCUUCCAGUUGCUAAGGAAUUACAGCUAGGACUUCCAGAAACACAAGGAGAGAAUCUGCCUUUUUGGCCUUGUUAAAUCACCAUAAAGCAGAGUGAAAACUGUGGUAGAAUGGUUAACAGAUUUAAAGUGUCAGUUUCUUAGGUUUCAUUUAAAGCACUAGUGGUUUUUUUUUAUAUAUAUAUUCUAGCAAGUCUGUGAUGUACUUUCACUGGCUCUGUUUGUACAUUGAGAUCGUUUAACAAUGCUUUCUAUGUUCAUAUACUGUUUACCUUUUUCCAUGGAGUCUCCUGGCAAAGAAUAAAAUAUAUUUAUUUUAAAAAAAAAGAAGUGUAGAAGCAGUCCCUUCAGUCCAAAUUUUCCACACACAAGAUACU